UCCCUCACCUCACACCCUCGGUCUCAGAGAACUUCAACGCCGUUCAAGGAAACCCAACAAGCCCAAGCAAUGAAAGAAGCAGUCGUGCUGUAUCCGUCACCGGCGAUCGGCCACCUCAUCUCCAUGGUUGAGCUCGGCAAGCUCCUCCUCGCCCAGCGCCCUUCCCUCUCCAUCCACAUCCUCAUCACUAACCAAGCUUACGACGCCGGCUCCACCACCGCCUACAUCGCCUCCGUCUCCGCCACCGUCCCCUCCAUCGUCUUCCACUUCUUCCCUGCCACCACCCUCCCCCCAGACUUCUCCACCGCCUCCCCCCACCACGAAACCCUCGCCUUCGAGCUCCUCCGCCUCAACAACCCCAACGUCCACCGAACCCUCACCUCUAUCUCAGAAAACCACGUCGUUCACGGCCUCGUCAUCGACUUCUUCUGCGCCCCCGCCCUCGCCGUCGCGCAUGAGCUCCACAUCCCCUGCUACUAUUUCUUCACUUCCGGCGCCUGUUUCCUCAACUUCUUCCUUUACGUUCCAACUCUUCACGACAAGUUCGCCAAAAGCGUUAAAGAUUUUGACGACCCCAUAGAUGUCCCUGGCACACCGCCGAUACCACCCUCCUAUGUUGCGAAGCCCUUGCAGGAUCGCUACGACGAGGCCUACAAGGGCUUCUUGGAUUCGUCCCUGAAGAUGCAGACUUCAGCCGGGAUCAUAGUCAAUACCUUUGAGAAGCUCGAGCCGAGAGCGAUACGAGCCAUAGUGGACGGCGAGUGUGUUCCCGGCGGGCCCACUCCGCCGCUUUACUGCAUCGGGCCACUGAUCUCUAGCAAGGGAGACGACGAUGGCGGAUCGCAGGAGUGUCUGACGUGGCUGGACUCGCAGCCAAGAGGAAGCGUCGUGUUCCUGUGUUUCGGGAGCUUGGGCGUGUUCUCGGUGGAACAGCUGAAGGAAAUAGCGAUGGGGCUGGAGAGGAGCGGUCGACGGUUCUUGUGGGUGGUCCGUAGCCCGACGAAGGGCAAGAACCAAGAGGCCGCCACGUCGACGACGCCGGACCUGGACUUGGGCUCCCUGCUUCCGGAGGGCUUUCUGGAACGUACCAAAGAGAGGGGGCUCGUAGUCAAGAAAUGGGCCCCGCAGGUGGCGGUGCUGAGCCACCCCUCGGUGGGCGGGUUCGUAACUCACUGCGGGUGGAACUCGGUGCUUGAGGCGGUGUGCGCGGGCGUGCCGAUGCUGGCGUGGCCGCUCUACGCGGAGCAGGGGCACAACAGGGUGCUGCUGGUGCAUGAGACGAAAAUCGCCCUGCCGGUGGACGAGUCAGAGGACGGGUUGGUGAGUUCGGAGGAGGUGGAGAAGCGAGUCAGAGAGUUGAUGGAGAGCGAGGAGGGCAAGAUGGUGAGAGAGCGAGCGCUUGCCAUGAAGGAAGAAGCCAAGGCUGCUCUGAGUCCUGGCGGUUCGUCUUGGUUGGCAUUGGCCAGACUCACUGAGUCGUGGAAGCGCCAGUGAAAUGCCCUGGAUUUUUGUAGGUCGUCCCCGUCUUUCGUCUGUUGUUGAAUCUUUCUUACCGUCGGCUG